AUGGCUCAACGACAGUCAAAGGUUUCUAAGUUUUCUAGUAACAUUUCCUUUAAUAAUCAAUCUGCACCUGACACCCACAAUUUUCGUACUGGACCUUCUGAACCCACAGAACAUCAACCGAACCCUCUUCAGAUUGCCUUUUUGGAAUAUCAAAUUGCUGAGUUGAAAUUGCAACAUUCUUUCGUUAUUCGGGAAAAUAAUAAUCUUCGAUCUCA